CGUCACAGCGACCCAGCAGAGCCAGGAUCCCCCGAGUCAGAUAUCUCAACACAGCGACGAAAAUAGCUUUUUCUGCAUCGGCCAAGAUCUUAUUCCACAAGUUGUAAUAGUUUUCACAUCUCUUAUAGGGUUUUUGUUUUUGGAUGCGACUUGUUUCUCCCUUUUUUGAAGCAGUUACAGUCUCUUUUGACUUUAUUAUUUCUCCUUCUUGUUGUUUGUUUGCGGCGAUACAGCGAGAGAGGAUCCAGAGCAACAGCUGUGGAAUAUAUAAACUCCGCUAUAUGGAUAAGCUCCCAUCUGCAGCUGUACUCAGCGUUUAAUCUCACACGUUUCUCUCUGCGCAAAGAAGAAAAUGAAAUCUGCUGAAGAGGAUGCAUAUGGCUACACGCCAAACGUCAGUCUCUCCCUCCCACUGGGCAACCCUUGCCUUCCCUCCCAGUACCACAGCCUCCAGUCCAGCCCCACUAUAUCUGUCUCUGUCUCCGAGUCUCACAGUUAUGACACCCAGGAUGACAUGAGAGCAGCCGGCUACUAUUCAUCCUCAAGCAUCCGCCCAAAUGGGGCUCCAACCCUGGAGAGUCCUCGUAUCGAGAUCACAGCCUACGGUCAGUUUCCUGAGGACCAAGUGGAGGAGAGCAACCUUCCUGUUGCUAAGCGAGUCAACUCUAUAGUGACGCUGACCCUCCCCAGUGCAGAUGGUUAUCGUGACCCCAGCUGCCUGAGCCCGGCCAGUAGCAUCUCAUCUCGCAGCUGCCACUCCGACGCCUCCUCCUAUGAGUCAAGCUUCUCCUACAACUAUGAAAACUCACCCCAGAACUCUCCCUGGCAGUCGCCCUCUGUGUCCCCAAAGGGCUCCACCCUCGCCCUGCCAGGUGAUGGCUGCACCUCUGGUGGUUCCCCUCGCCACUCCCCCUCCACCUCCCCACGCACAAGUGUGACAGAUGAUACCUGGAUGGGUCAGCGAGGCUCCAGGCCCAACUCCCCUUGUGGUGCAAAGAGGAAAUACAGCUUUAACGGCAGCGGGGCAUCGCACAAGCACUACCCAUACUCGCCCAACCACUCCCCUGGAGUGUCCCCGCAGACCUCCCCUCGCCUCAGUAUAACAGAAGAGACCUGGCUGCCAAACACCAACCAGUACACCAACUCAGCCAUCCUGGCAGCCAUCAAUGCCUUGACCACAGAUGGAGUGGCCGACCUUGGGGAGGGAAUCCCCAUUAAAGCCCGGAAAACCAGCCUGGAGCACAGCCCCACUGUCAGCCUGAAGUUGGAGCCUGGAGGUGAGGAGCUGAAUCCAGGGGAGCUCUGUCAGGACGAUCACCCCUCCAAUCGCCUGCCUUUAAAGAAGGAGGGCUACUGUGGUGGGUUCCUAGAUGUGCCACAGCACCCAUACUCCUGGUCCAAGCCAAAGCAAUAUGUCAGCCCAUCCCUGCCAGCUCUCGACUGGCAGCUGCCGUCCAGCUCAGGGCCGUACAGCCUGCAGAUCGAUGUGCAGCCCAAGUCCCACCACAGAGCCCACUAUGAGACGGAGGGCAGUAGGGGAGCAGUGAAGGCCCUGGCAGGAGGACACCCUGUUGUUCAGCUCCAUGGCUACAUGGAAAGCGAGCCGCUCACUCUGCAGUUGUUCAUUGGCACUGCUGACGACAGGCUGCUGAGGCCCCACGCCUUCUACCAGGUCCACCGCAUCACAGGGAAGACAGUGUCUACCCCGAGCCACGAGGCCCUGCACAACAACACCAAGAUCCUGGAGAUCCCACUGCUGCCAGAGAACAACAUGCGGGCCAUAAUUGACUGCGCAGGGAUCUUGAAGCUGCGUAAUUCGGACAUUGAGCUGAGAAAGGGGGAGACUGACAUUGGACGCAAGAACACACGUGUGCGGAUGGUUUUCAGAGUUCACAUCAACCAGGCCACGGGGCGAACAGUGUCCUUGCAGGUUUCAUCCAACCCCAUUGAGUGCUCCCAGAGAUCGGCCCAGGAGCUGCCGCUGGUGGAUAAGAGGAGCUUGGAGACGUGUCCUGCCCCUGGGGGGGAGAGGAUGCUCAUCGACGGACACAACUUCCAGCACGACUCCAAGGUGGUGUUUGUGGAAAAGGCUCAAGACGGUCACCACCUCUGGGAGACGGAGGCCAAGGUCGACAGAGACGCCUCUAAGCCUAAUUCACUAAUCGUUGAAAUCCCUCCCUACCGGAACCAAAGACUCUCCACCCCAGUCCACGUCAACUUCUACGUCUGCAACGGCAAGAGGAAAAGAAGCCAGUACCAGCGCUUCACCUACGUCCCUGCCAGCGCUCCGACAAUAAAGACGGAGCCACACGACGACUACGACGCCCCCCUGGUGUGCGGCCAACAUGGCCCCGGCCUGUCCAUGCACCCAAAGCCAUACUUCCCCCCUCAGGUCAUGACCCCGAUGAUGACCUCUGACCUCCGGCCGUGCGUUGUGGGCGGGGCUUACUCUGUCAGCCAGCAAAGAUUGGCAGCCAAGCCUUCCUCGCUCCCCUCUCCGAGCACCAGCCCCAAACUGCACGACCUGUCGCCACCGCUGCCCUUCUCCAAAUGCCUCUCUGCCGGCCCAGCCGUCCAGCACCCGGGCCAACAGUCCCCGAUCCCGCAGGUCUCCAUCAUCCAGGAGACUCCUGGGCGCUACCAGCCGCCCAGCCUCUACCCACCCAGCAGCUCCCCCUCCUCCUCCCCAACCUCGCAGCCCUCAACCCCGACCGACGGCCCUUUCUCUCCAGCCCUCUGCAUCACACCAGCUCAGCCAGUCAGCAGCGGCAGCACCAGCCCAGGAGCUCAGCAGCACCCCAAGGUGCCAGAGAGGGGGCGGGGCUCCCUUCAGGAGGAAGGCAGCCCCCCGACGCUGGCUGUCAGCAUCAAACAGGAACCACAGGAGCUGGACCAGAUGUACCUUGAUGAUGAUGCGCAGAAGGUCAAAGCCAGAUCAAAUAGAGGAGACGAGGUCAGUCAGUUCAGUCUGGGCCGAGAAGAGCACACAUGGCAGCGGAACGACACGCUGUAGGAGGGUGGAGAUGAGUCAAUGAGAUCAUCAGGAACGACCUGUCGAGCAUCUCCGUCCACAGCCAUGCAUAGUUUCCCGUCACCAACAAAACUGACACGGGACACAGAAAAAAAAAAAGGGAAACACCAAACAAAAGAUGGACAUUGUGCUUUUCAUGCUUGGACUAUAGCGUGCAGGAAGAAGCAGCAAAACAAAAUGCAAAAAGAACAAAUGUAAAUGUAUUGUCCAGAUGACCAGGGUCCAACGUGUGCCUUGUUUUUCAUAUAUAUAAUGCCUUUACACAGAAAUUAUCCAAGGAAUAAAUCACAUGACUGACUUUUUUAAAGACAUGUAAAUUGAGUAUGUAGCAACCAAACCUGCCACCCCACAACAAAGUAUGCUUUUAGAGGACCAAAACAUGUUUUAUAUGUCUUUUUUGCUGCAGUUUGUAAAUGAUCCAGUGCCUAUGAGUUAUGAUAUUUGUAUAUACAGUAUCUGUAGUGCUUCAGUUUGCGUAUCUGACUUUACAGAGAGACAAUUUAAAAGAGAAGUGCCUUUUUGACUGGAAACAGAAAAACGUGGCCUGAGUUUGGCUUCACAGGUUCAACUUCAACAGAUGAAAGAUUUUAUAAAGUAAGAUAAUGUAACUUUUGCUGAAUAGAGGCUACAAAUGGUGAUAAUGGGGUAAUGUUAAAUGAUAAAAGACAAGGCAAACAGUAGCAUGAUUAGAGAAUUGUGAUUAGCCCCCCAAAAGCUACUGUUCAGUGAGGCUGUAGCAACAAAACCCCUGGGUGUGUUGAACUGAUGAAGGGUUUGUUUAAUUUCUCAUGAACUUCAUCAACUUUUUUUUAAUUUGUAAAAUGAAGAAUGUGUUACUUCUUCUCUUAAAAGCUGCAUUUAAAUCAUAUUUAGUAAAUAAUAAAAAUCGAAUACAUUUUCUGUAUUCACAAAUAACAGUAAGCACUUAACCACUAAACCUGUGGUAUUACUUAGAUUAUAUUCCAUUAAAGGGGCAGUUCACCACAAAAUCCAAAAUGCACAUUUUUCCUCUCACCUGUAGAGCUACUCAUCAGUCUAGAUUGUUUUGCUGUGAGUUGUUGAGUGUUGGCGAUAAUGGCC